CAUCCGGCUGUGGUCGUGUCGUCACUUCCGCCGUGCGGGUGACGUCGUCAAAGCGAGGCUCCGGCACGAGGAGGCGGCUGCGGCAUCACCGCGCGCCGCCAUCAUGGCUAUGCAAGCAGCGAAACGCGCGAAUGUGCGCCUGCCCCCAGAGGUGAACCGCAUCCUCUACGUGCGGAACCUGCCCUACAAGAUCACUGCCGAGGAGAUGUACGACAUCUUCGGCAAGUACGGCGCCAUCCGACAGAUCCGAGUAGGCACGACGCCCGAGUCGCGUGGCACGGCAUACGUGGUGUACGAGGACAUCUUCGACGCCAAGAACGCGUGUGACCACCUCUCUGGGUUCAACGUGUGCAACCGCUACCUCGUGGUGCUGUACUACAACCCCAACCGGGCCUUCCAGAAGCUGGACACGAAGAAGAAGGAGGAGCAGCUCAAGAAUUUGAAAGACAAGUACGGCAUCAGCACCGACAAGAAGUGAGGCGCCAGCCUGCAGGAAUAAGGGAUGGGGGGCGUUCUCCGUGACCAUUCCACCAACAAACGAGAUUGUGUAUGAAGCUUCACGAGUUACGGCCGCUUUUGUGUAUAGAGCGUCAGUAAUGGCUUUAAAUGUAACUGUAAAAUGUGUCUUGUUUUUUUAAUUUGUUUUGCUAAAGAUCUGAUUUUUGCGUAGUUUUUUUGUGAAGAGAAGCUGACGGUCCCCUAUGCGCGGCAGAACGCAAGUGAAAAGAGUUUUUUUAAGCAGUUCUGUACGAAUGAUAACUAUAGAGUUGACCUUGAUGUCGUCUGACAGAUAAAACAUUGACAGCUCUUGCGUGUGCUCCACUCUCGUCAGCUCUAAAUUGUUCCUCCGUAGCAGCAGUGUCCACCGGGAGAUGUCAACUCUUGUCGGUGUCCACCUCGGAUGUAGGGGUUUCUGGGCGUGGGCAGGACGUUGACUGGUUGCUCGUGUAAGCGUGUGUAAACGUGUCGCGCGACGGUCCCUUUUGAAUGGAAACUCCCCGAGUUCACGCGUGGUGUUUCUGAAGACUCCACGUGGCUGGCGAAGGCGUACAACUUAAUGAGGUCAUCCCGCUCAACUUAACGAGGUCAUCCCGCUCAGUGCCGUCGAUGGCUCCAUCCAGGUGGCACGGUAGAUGCGCAGUUGAGAGCUGGGCCUGGGGUACGGAUGCCUGGCGCAACUCUUAGGGUGCAAAGUCUGGUUGUAAGUUAAGACAAUGAAGCGCCAUAUAGUUAGGAGAGAACUUGGGGCUGGUGAGAACCACUCAUAAUUUACAUAAAUUAAUUUGAUAAAUCACUAAAACAUAACUCCCCACAAAUAUUGUAUGAAUAAAGAAUAUAGUCAACAAUAAUAUUCUUCGCUCGGCCACGGACCGCCUGAAGCACAUCACGGUGGCCAUUUUGCAUUGGGUUGUCUUCCUGGCAGCUGAUUGGCUCGUGCAGUGGGAGUGGUGACAUCCCCAGCAAUGGGUCUUACCCGAGUUCAUGUUACCAUCUCACUGACUCAAGGUUUGGAAUCCCUAUUUUUAUGGUGCUGCUAGUAUGUCCACAGUGUUGCGGUGUCGCUAGAAAGCAUUUAAGCGUUGAUCUGUUUCACGCAUUUCUGGUUCUUUCUAUGGUCGCUGCCUGCUGGUCUUGCGACGGAUUUUAAGAGUGUUUUCUGUCCUAAAAACUAGACAUACUUUACCAGGUAAAAUCUGCUGAGCUAUGUAACUGUUUCAGAAGCGACCUGGUCACUAAUGAUAGCUCAACUAUGUGGCUUAUCGUGUGGCAAUGUAUAGCAAAAUACUCCAUACACGUGUUUAUAUUUGUGAAGGGGAAAACCGGAGGACCGAGAGAACAAUCCACGGGGAGAACACGCAAACUAUAACGAUACAGGCGUCGUGGUCGGGUUAAACUCACGACCUUCUGUAUACCAGGUAAGGUGGUUAACAUCUUGCCACAGUACUCGUGCCCUUGACCUGGACGCUCUGCGCUCACUCCGUGCUCACCGGGGAAGUCUUUUAAGUUGUGGACAGUGCAAGUGGCUCCCCCUUUUGAACAGUGCUUACCCUGGCUGAGAUGACAUCGAGAGGUGAAGGCGCAGCCUUGCAACUGCUCAUUCAUGUCACUCCUGGCGGAAGUGUUUCCACUAGAGGGAGCUCCAUGGAGCCCCCUGUACAGAAUAUUUGGCCUACUCUUCCACGUUGGUCAGACGUCUCGGGAGAGCGUGGUGAUGUAAUCUAGCAGUAUUUUUGUGGUUUGAGCAACGGGGAAUUUGAUUUUGGUCAUCGUGAAGAUCUGUACCUGUACCACUCCUUCAAUCAAGACGGAAAGGCAACAAAUCAAUUGUAUAAAUAAAUUCUUUAUUAAACGUGA